UCAAUAAUUAGCGACGUUCAGGGUGGGCAGACGUGAUUCAACCGUUAAACUAGUUUAGUUAGUUUUCGUGUGGGUUUUACAGGGGCCUCUGUGAAUAGCUCAGUCUUGUAUUUAAGCAGUCUGACAAAAGUUUUAGUGAGCUUUAAAACGAGUUUUUACACUUGUUUUGAAGCUUGACACCCUGAAGGCUACUUGUGGACCAACAGUAGUUCCCCACCAUUGACUUCUGAAAUUAUGCUUCUUAGUGCAGAGCUGUAGAUGCCCACAAUGAGACUACAAACCCUGUCACUGAGAGCGCUGCUAUUCCUGGGGCUUUGGCACACAGGAAGGAGAAGUCUAGCCUCAGCCCCAGAGCUGCAGGAACAGCCUAAGAAGAUAGCUGUGGUUGGAGCAGGAAUUGGCGGUGCAGCGACAGCAUAUUACCUGAGGCAAGAGUUUGGACCUGGGGUCAAGAUUGACGUGUUCGAAGACGGCAGUGUUGGCGGGCGACUUGCGACGGUGAAGAUUGGAGAUUAUGAAUACGAAACGGGAGGCUCAGUUAUCCAUCCUCUGAACCUACAUAUGAAGCACUUUGUUGAUAAAUUAGGUAUUCCUCAGAGAAAAGACGUCCCCUCUAAAAUGGCAAUCUUUGAUGGAAAGCACAUCCUGUUCGAAGAGAGCGACUGGUUCAUAGUAAAUUUCUUCUGCAUGCUCUGGCGAUACGGGUUGAACUUUCUUCGAAUGCAGAUGUGGGUGGAGACUGUUCUGGAUAAAUUUAUGAGAAUCUACCAGUACCAGCAGUUUGGCUACUCAUUCUCCACCGUAGAGAGGCUGUUGCAUGCCAUGGGAGGUGAUAGUUUCCUCACUCUGAUGAAUCAGACCCUGGAGGAAGCCAUGAUGGGAGAAGGAUUUUCUCAGGUCUUCAUCAAUGACAUUGUUGCACCGAUCACUCGUGUCAACUAUGGGCAGAGUGUCCGCAUCAAUGGCUUUGUGGGGGCGGUGUCAUUAGCAGGGGCAGAUUCAGGCCUAUGGGCAGUGGAUGGAGGCAAUAAGAAAGUUUGCUCUGGACUUCUUUACAACAGCAAAAGUGAGCUUAUCCCUGCUAGAGUCACUUCCAUUUCAGUGAAAGUUCGACCAUCCAAGAGAGGCACCCCUGUCAGUUUAUACGAGAUUAACUAUGUUGACCAAUCAGGAGCUGCACAUUCCCUUUAUGAUAUUGUGAUAGUAGCAACGCCUCUUCACCGGGGGAAAUCUGACGUCACAUUUUCAGGCUUUUCCCCUCCAAUCCCUUCUCACUACCCCGGGCACUACCACCAGACGGUCGCCACUCUUGUCCACGGCUUGCUCAACGUGUCUUACCUGGGGACCACUGAAGCUGCCUCAGAGUUCACCGUGUCUGAUGUCCUCACCACAGACUCAAACGGUUCCAUCAUCAACAGCCUGAGCUCUCUGGAUCCUGUGCACAUCCCCAAAGGUUACAAGCGCCCCCCUGCUAGCCAAGCUAAUGUCUGGAAGGUGUUCUCUAAAAAGCCACUGUCCCAGGAGCAGCUGGAGAACAUGUUCCUCUCCUAUGAUUCGGUGUCUGAGACCAAAUGGCUGGCAUACCCCGCGUACCAUCCGCCGCACCGCAAGACCCCUCCGUUCAUCCUGCACAACCGGCUGUACUACCUUAAUGCUGUGGAGUGGGCAGCAAGUGCCAUGGAGAUGAGCGCCAUCGCUGCCAGGAACGUGGCUCUGCUGGCACACCACCACUGGCACGAACAAAAAAGCAAAAUCGACCAGGAAGACCUGCACACGCGCCUGAGAGGAGAACUCUGAAAAGUGAGAACUACUUGAGAGUAGAAUCAGAAGCAAUAAAAUAAGAUCAAUCGAGCCCAUUUUUAUAUGUUAGAUAACAUCGUAGUCGCCAGAGGAAAUGCUGAUCUGUGGGAGCAUGGUGACACUAAAGCUGCAACUUUAGUUGAUCAGUGUUUCAGCUUUUCUAGUUUGGGAAAUAUUUGUCUUACAUUAUUGAAAAAUUUUAUACCUGUCUGUGUGGACAAAUGAGGCAUUUGAUUAUGCCAGUCUUUUUUUAAAUUAAUGUUUAUAUUUUGGAUAUAUUUUAUGCAUGGGAUCCCCAAAAAGAUUCAGACACAGUAAAGUUUGGCACUGCAGUUGCUCCAAUCCCCAGACAUACACCUACCAAUGGAUAAACAGUGGACAAGAUAGAUGAAGCACACAUACAUACAGCGAGUCCUUCAUUUAUAGCGAGAUACCAGUAGCAAUUGAUUAAUAUUGGCAAUGGCAAUUUCAUUUAUAAAGGACAUUUCAUUACACAAUUCAAUGCAUUUAAGAUAAAAAAUAAAAAGCAGUGCAAGUCUACAGUGCCUUAAGGCAAAAACCCCCAACAAAACAAACUUUACAAAGAAAUAAAAUACAAGUUGACACACAGUCAUUAAGUGUAAGUCUGUGAGACUAAAAAGGUUUUGAGUAUAGACACAGUUGUAGUUGACCUCAGGUCAGCAGGCAGCUGUGAAUGCUGUGCUGAGGUUGGAAGCACCCCCAGCACUCUUGGAUCUAAUUCAGUUAAAAGAUCCACCACUGGUGACCUGAGAGGUCUGACUGGGUUAUACACACUGAAGAAGUCAGACACGUACUGGGAGACCAAACCACUGUAAGCAUUAUGAUCUAUUGAAGAAAAAAGUUACUUCAGUACUGGACUAAUAUGUUUAAAUUUCCACAUGCAUCUAAGGACACUGGCGGUCUGACUCUAGAAAGUAACAUUUUCCUGCUUAUGAUUUGGAUAAUCCUGCAAAUGUGGUGUUACAGUCUAACAUGCUUGUUAUGAAUGCACAGACCAAUUUCUUAAGUAAUUUUGAAAUAAUUUUCUAAAAUAUUGAAAAUAAUCUUUAGUUGCAGGUAACAUUGUCUAACAAAAUCUGACAAUAAACAUGGAGUUAAACAAGCCAGCAGUUUACCCACAUCACAAUUCUAUCAUUAUUUUAAUCACUUAUUGCACAUGGAUGAUGUAACUACUUCAGAUAAUUGUAGGUUGGUAUGGUAUAACAAAGAUGUUUUUACAAGAUCUAUUUACAGGCAGUCAUAGAGUUCUCAUUUGGUUUUCAAAUUAGUUUACAAAAAAGGAAGAACAGUAGCUCUGGUAGAAGGACAAAAAAGCAAAAUCUAGGGGUUUGCCUCUUUAGUUCAGUGUGCUCCACUGAACUGCUCGGCAACCACAGACUGGUAACUACAUGCAACAUGGCUGGAGAGCAGCGGUCCAGGUUUGAGUUUGACCCGUGGCCCUUGAAAUGCAAAAUCCAGGAAACUGUUACAAUUAUGUUAUGUAUACUUUAUUGAAAUUCCUCCCUGCAUUUAACCCAUUCACUCAGUGAAGCAGUGGGCAGCCAUUGGGCACCCGGGGAGCAGUGUGUAGGGACGGUACCUUGCUCAGGGGUACCUCAGGGUAGCCGUUCAAUGGAUUCAAACCCCCGACCGAUAAUGGGGCCACCACUCUUACCUACUUAGCUAUCCCUGUCCCUAUAUGGUGCUAGCAUAGCCACAGAAACAAGUGAAGCACUCUGUCCUUAGGUAAUGUGAAUAUAUUCAUGGUCUUAAUCACUUAUAUCCAGUUCAGGGAUGCAGGGAGCCAGCUUACAUACAAACCUAUGACCAAUUUAGAAUUGCCACUUAACCUAACAUACAAACACACUAUUACACAGAAGUAAGUGUAAAACUACUAUACUACUACUACCUGCAGUGUGAUCUCUAACCCACAGGGGGCGUUAAAACUGAAAAUGCAAACUCCACACAUGCUAAAAUUACUAAAAGGAAAAUACUCAAAGAAAAGAAAAGCAGGACAAAAUUAUUGAAAAUAACGUCCAUAAACAAAAUAUGAAAUAAAAAAUCUCUAAAUUGUUUAAUUUUCCUUUUAAAAAUACUUCUUCAGAUGCUUUCUGGCUGUUUUGACUACUUUUUUUUUUUUUUUUUUUUUUUAAUGCGAUGCUUUCCCAGAUCACAGAAGUUAACUUGGGCAGUACACUGUUCUCAUCACUGAUGGGGGGGUGGGCAGAGAAAGAAAGAAAGAUCAACUGCAUCACAAGCCACAGGCAUCACUAGCAACACAACACAAAUCACAUUAAAUGUUAAAACAAAACUGCACUGUGCUGAAUUGUGCAAUCACUGUGAACCAUGCUGCACUGCUGGCCAGACACACAAGUGUUUCUCUGUCAUUUUCUUUAGUGUGUUGCUCCUGUUCUGUGUACUGUACAGAGAAAGAAGUCAGCUUGUCAUUUCCCUUUAGCCAAAUUCUUGCACUUGUUUGUUUACUAACAUGCUGAUGUCCCUUUGCUGAUCUGUUUGUAUGUCCUCGGAUGGAUUUCCAGUCUUUCUACCUCCUCAGCAGACUACUGUAUGUUUUUUAGUGGGUACUGGCAGCUGUCAGCAACAAAUGUGCCACCAAGACACUUUCUUUGUAGUAAAUCACAUUGAUGUCAGUUGUGACUCAUUGUUAGUCCCACAGUGACUACAAUCGAACUGUCUAAACCCAUUACACACUAGAUAACGUGUGUAAGAAUUAAUCUAAACUAUGAUUGUGCCUUAAGCAGGGUAAUUGGCGUAUGUGUUUAUUAAAUUUUAGUUGCAGUUUAAGAGAUGAUUUGGUUCUUCCUGUGUGUUUUUAAUGAUUCUCUACCUGUGAUUUGUAGGAUGUCAUGUUGUUUAGAAAUACUGUAUCUGCCUACGGCGCUUUCAUGUUCUUUAACUACUUUGCGACAAAAAAAAUGUAGUUUGCUAAUUGUUUCCUAAGAACCUUUAGAGGCAAGUAGUUGAAAUAUUAUUAGUAUUAUGCACUUUAACUGAUUAAAAGAAUUUUCUACUUUUAUUUCAACAGUGCUGAAAACUCUCAAACUGAAACUGUAUUUCUCUAAAGUGUUUCCAAUGACGGUAAAGUGAUCAGUGCGACUGGUACUGUUUUUGUGUGUGUGUGUGUUUGCUCUUCGGCUUCAAAAUAAAAGUCUAAUUAAAUUA